AUGGCGGCCCAGAACUCGGCUGGCAUUCAGACCCUGCUCGAUGCCGAGAGGGAAGCUUCCAAGAUUGUCCAGAAAGCCCGGGAAUUCCGAACCAAGCGAGUACGAGAGGCGCGCGACGAGGCCAAGAACGAGAUAGACGCCUACCGCAAGUCCAAGGAGGAGGAGUUCAAGAAGUUCGAGUCCGAGCACACCCAAGGCAACAAGCAGGCCGAGGACGAGGCCGACAAGGAGGCCGACGACAAGAUCAAGGAGAUCCAGGAAGCCGGCAAGAAGAGCCAGACCGGUGUCAUCGUCGAGCUCCUGAAGGCCGUUUUCGAGGUCAAGCCUGUUGCGCCCUCGGCAGCAUAG